GUCGCCGUCACAAAUUUCGUCAGUCUUUCUCUGUGCUCGCCAGUGAAAGAGUUCGCGUUUCGUCUUGUCAUCACCUUCGGAACCCAGUUCGAACCCCGCCGUCGCGUGCCGACCGUUCUUCCGUCGCUGUCGCCUUCGUUCGUCGCCAUUAUCCGCUCGCAGGACCAAUCUUUCACGGCUCAGGCCCGUGAAAGAUGCCAAUUGCCGUCUCUGGAGACCCGAACAACAAUUGGAUCGCGCACUAUCUUCUCAGAUAUGACCAGGUAUAUGAACGCCAUGCCUCAGCCCUCCGCGGCACCGACCUCCGGCCCCCGCCCCGACUGCGGCGGCGACCUUUGUCAGCAAAGGGCCAGGCUCCAGGUGGCCAUGCCCAAUCAGCUGGUUAACUGCGAUGAACUCAACACCCCAGUGAUUGAGUCCGAAAACAUUUUUGAAAACAUGCAAGACGGCGUCUGCAACACUCCCGGUGAAGAUUUUGGCUUCGGCUCUGGCAUUUCGUUCGUGUCUAACAACGGCAUGGACAGCCAGGAGCUGUUGCAAACCCUGAUGAACUCCCAGGAGCCUCUGGCCGGUGAGGACCUUGUCAUGCCUUCGGCCAUUUCCAGCAGCCAGGAGAGCUCCUCGUUCAGCCUGCACCUUGAGAUAAAGUCGGAGCCUACGGUGGACACUACCACCACCCCGUGCGCCGCCAUGGACACCCCGGACAUUUUGAACGAGUUCAACCUCACCGGCCGUUUCAGCUUGGUCGACUUCAUAACCAACGACGAAGUGACUAGCGAGGUUACUUUUGAGCCGUUGGAUAGCACCGUUCAGCCUUAUGCCAGCCAGGGUACUUCAACUGCCAAGUUCACCGAGCUGAAGCCGAUGCCCUCACCACCGUCACCAGUGUUGCUAGUGAACGUUCCCAGCCCUGACAGCACCUCUCCAGCUUCAGUUCAUAGCGCGACCUUCUCUGGCCCCCAACAUGUGCUCCUUGACGGAUCUGCCUCUCACUCAUCCGACUACGAGGCGUCCGACUCGGACAUCAGUUUCCAGAACAUGAAGCGUCCGGCCGCAUCGAUAAUGUCUGGGCCAUCAACCAGCAAGAGGUCACGUGCAAUGGAUGAUGACAUGUCGUCCAUCCCAUCAUCAGCUAACGAGCUGAAAAUCUUAGAGCACCGCCAGCGCAACAACGCUGCGUCUCGCAAGUCAAGGCAGAACAAGAAGAGCAAAGACGAGGAGUAUCAGCAGGUUCUGUAUGACUUGGAGAUGCGCAACCAGAGGCUUUCCGCUAAGGUUCGUAGUCUGGAGAACAUCAGGGACCGUCUUCGAGUGGCUGCUCUGGCCAAGUGCAGGGGCAAAUGAACUUCUAAGAAAUUAGAGUAACAAAUGGAAUUUGUAAAUCGAAAAUAUACAAAUAUGACGAAUCCUCCACAUUUGGAGUAAAUCGUAAGAGAUAUGAUGAUGAAUUCUCCUCACUUGGAGUAAAUCAUAAGCAAUCAGCUUGCAUGGCAUUGCUGCAGAUAAUGUGCCGGAACAUGACCAGAGUCGGGGACUUGUCCCAUUUUCUGACCAAUUUUGCAAUUUUUUUUUAAUCAGACAUUAUUUUUUAACUGUAUGAAGUUUAUUUUAAGUCUGUAAUAGCAAUAGGUGCUGUUUGAUUACCAUCAGUUGAUGAUUUUGAGCGAGCUGGUUUGAAAACUUGCAAAUUCUGUCUUAUUGAUCUUUGCCAUUUGUAUAUUCUGAAUUCCCUCGAAGGGAGCUGAAUCGUUCAAUUGUGACCCAUCUUCAUUGUGCAAAAUGAUCGUUAAAGAUCACGGUUUUGAAGUAAUGGUUUUGUUUUUUGUAAAAAUGUUGACACCAGAUUGUAGCCUCUAAAAUUCUUGCUGAGAAUUUUCUAUGCUAGGGUGUAUCCCAAACCCUAGCUCAUUUUGUGAAACAAAAAUUGUAUUACCUCGGAUGAACUGCUGGAAAAUUGUAACAUUCAGCAAUCAUUGCUUUGUAAAUUUUGGAAGUUUAUAACAUCAAUAAAAUUGUCUUGUUAUUGGAA